CUAGCCGUAGUUUGAUAUCUUCUGAUGUUCAUCUAAUCUACUAUUUGACGUUCUUGCUGUAUUCCAAGGCAAAAAUUGCUGGAAUUACUGUUAUGAAUUUCUUCAAAGGGUUUGGCUAGAGUUUUACACGACUCUGUUGUAAAAGUAGUUGUUCUAGAACCAUAUUAUUGUUUUGUUUACAUUUUGUCUUCAGGAAUUGAUUGGUAUCAAAAUUGGUUCUUCACUUGCAACUAAGCUGAAUUCAGAAGAGAAAAUUUUAGUUCCAUAAUGCUUCUUUCAUUUUAUUACAUUGGCUUUGUUUCUCGAUAGUUGUACAAAAUGUAACUCCCCACUUGAAUUUAAAUCAUCAGAUUAUUUAAUAAAACUCGUUGUACGAAAAACCUUUUCAGAACUGAUUUUGAAACACUGGUUAAAAAUUAGAAAGUGUGUUGUGAAGGAAAAAACAGAAAAGAAAAGGGGAAUAAAAAUUCAACUCUAUGCAUUUUCCAUGUCAGCAGCGAAUAUUAUAUGCUUGCCUUUGCUCAUCUGACAGACCAAUCAGACUGUUUUGGCCAUGCUUGCAUUUUGUUCUUCAUGUGCAUGGAGUGGUCUGCACCAUCUCAGAAUAUUAGAAUUUUAUCGUGAUCGUGUGAAGAAGCGAGACAAGAGGCCGUGUGAUUAAGUGUAUCUUCAAAACCAUGGACACAUAUAUUCCUUGCAGUUGCAGCUUGCUGCAUCAUUUGUUGUUUUGUACCAUAAUAUGAGCAUCAUUAUCCAUUUUAAUACAGCCUCUUUUAUCCCAACUGCUGCUGUGCCUUCAACGCCUCCAUGCCUCUCAAAACCAAUUGCCACUCUGGAAAUGGUACCUGGAACUGAGCAGUUUAAUGGAACAGUAAUGACUGAUGAUGAAAAUUCUAUUGCUGAUACUGUUACAUCUAAUUCUUUGUUCACUAAUUCUGUAAAGGAAGCAAAAUCAUCAAACAAUCACAAUUUUAGAACUUGUUUUGGUUUACCAUACCAGGAUCAUAAUUAUGGAGCUCCUCCUCCACCAACUCCUCCGAGUUACUCACCAUGUCCUUCACCGGCACAAGCUAAUGGUAUCCCAGAUGAAGACACAACUCUUUCUAUUGUGUCUAUUUCUGCUAAUAAUGAAGAGGCUCAAGAAGGAGGCAGCAUUACACGUUGCAUUUGUGAAUUUGAGCAUGACGAUGAGUAUAUGAUCUGCUGUGAUGCUUGUCUUGUUUGGCAGCAUGUUGACUGUAUGGGAUUGGACAGAAAUAACAUACCUGAUACAUAUUUAUGUGAAAAAUGCCAGCCUAGAAAAAUAGACAAACAUAAAGCAAAACUUUUACAAGCAAAGAAAAAAGUCGCCAUGACAGUAAAACCAACUGCAGCUGCUAAACAAGAGACAUCUGUCAAUACAAACCAGGCUCUUAAUAAUGAACACAAAAAGAAAAUUUUAUCUCAGAACUGUGAAGACCGAACAUUAUCCAAGAGCGAUAACCUACCAUUAUCAUCAAUUCCUGAUAGAAGAUUUUGUUACACCUCGGACAGUGAAGAAGAAGGAGGAAAUAAAUCAUCAGAAAGAAGGCCUAAAACACGAAGUAGAAAGAAAAAAAGGGAUGGUAAAACUGAAGAAAAAGUUGAGCAACCAACAUUAAGAAGAAGUAAACCUGCAACUAAACCUUCAAAAGAUCGAAUGGAGAUGAAGCGCUCAAAAUUGAGAAGGACGAAAAACAAAGAAAGUACAAGUACAGCAGAUGAAGAAGCUCAAGAUGCCUGGGAGUACAGUCUUGAAUGGUGUGAGAAAAAUUUUGAAACUGCUAUGAGCAAUCAAUAUACCCCAGAAGUGCAACACAUUGCCCAAUUUUUACCUACUAAAGGCCAUGAAAAAGCUUUCCAUAAUGAGCUGCAAAUUCGGAAAUGUAGAGUUGUUGAAGAUAGUGUGAAAAGACUUAUAUGUAUGUGUGACAUCCCAAGGGACCAGCCUCUUAUUGAGUACAAAGGAAAAUUCCUAUUAGCUUCACAAUUUCAUGAAAUUCACCCAUUGUACAACAAAAAGCUUUAUCCUUAUGUUAUGUUUUAUCAUCUAAAUAAAGAAGAAAUUUGUAUAGAUUCAUCUAUAUAUGGCAAUGAUGCCAGAUUUGUCCGAAGAUCCUGCAAACCUAAUGCUGAAAUUCGUCAUAUUGCUUACAAUGGAAACUUGCAUUUGUACCUUUCAUCAACUAAAGUGAUUUUCAAAAACGAUGAAGUCACACUCCCUCUUGAAAUUCCUACUAAGGAAAGCAUGAAAGACAUUGAAUGUGCUUGUGGAACAGAUGAUUGCUUAGUGAAACCUACUAAAAAUAAUGGAGCAUUAGAUAUGGGGUUCAAUCAUGAUAGGAAAAGGAAGCGAAGAAUGACAUCAUCUGCUGAUGAUGAUAGUUGCCACUCAUUUUCUGGAACUUUCCCAGCAAAAUCCAAAGUAUCCCCCAUAAAAAAUUCCAUCCUCACAAAUCAAGUUGCAAUCCCUGUACCAUGUGAACAGUCAGACAUUAAAGGGCCUUCUGAUUUGGAGACAGAGGAACAGCUCUGUGAAAGAAGGAAAAAAAUGACAAGGGAAGAACGAAAACUUGAUGCAAUAAUGAGAGCUUUUGAUCAAAUGGAAAAGGCGGAAAAGAGACGCCAGCAAGCAUUAGAAAGAAUGAAAGCUCAUCAACCAAAGCUUGAAGAUUCUACAGAGAAACCCGAAAUUACUACCCCUGUUCCAAACGAAGAUGAAACACAGUCAGUUGCCCCAAAUUCGGAGGUACCAACAGGAGAUGAGGAAAAACCAGUCAACCAAACUUCAAAACCCAAAAAAAGCAAAAGAAGACGAGGUUCUGGAACACCGUCACGAAGACGUACAAGAACAAAUAGUGGUGGCUCAGACAUUUUGUCCCCAGAUGAAAUGACACCUUUGAAGGCUACUCCAGCUAUUGUAUCAACUUCUCUUGCAAGUGGUGACUCUGUACAAGUAACUGCUAGCUUAACUGUAGUUACUGCAACAACUACAACAAGUACAAAUACAAUUUCAGCAUCACUUCCAGCUCCUGAAGAACAACCUCCACCCCCUCCUCCUCCCCCACCACCGCCGCCACCACCUCCUCCUCUUCCUACAUCGUCUCCAGCAGGACUCAAAACUAAAAGGACUCUCAUGAAAGAAUGGCUUCAAGAAAAAUCAGAUUCUGCUGUAAGUGCACCUGCAUCUUCUUCCUUAUCAAUUCACACAGAAGUGAAAUGGAAUAUGACAGCUGCUGCACCUACUUGUUAUGUUCGUUGUACCAAAGAUACUCCACAUCCCAGUGGUAUUUCCGCUGCUCAUCUACGUCGAAACAGCUCUUCGGGACACGUAAGACCAAUACAGUUGAAAUCAAGUUGUGACCAAGGAUCUGCGAAAAAAAGAUGGCUACGGCAAGCAAUGUAUGACUGUAAUUCAUGUGAAGAGCAGCUGACUAUUGAUCCUGGAAGUUUUGAGACUAUGUCUUCUCCCUUAGAUAAUGGUUAUCUUAGUCCUUGCAGUCAUGGGGAUAUCAGUAGUCCAGGUGCAUCUGUAGACGAUGUUUUAACUCCUUUGAAAAAGAGAAGACUUAUGAGGGAAUCUAUUGAAUCUCUCCCAUCACCCUUAAGUCCUGUUACAAGUUUCACAGAUUGUACAAGUGCCACAAUUUCAAACUCAUUAAGCAGUGAAGUUAGUGUUGAAUCAACAAGUGAUUUGCGAGAUGAUCAUCUACUUUGUAUUGUCAAUGAUGUGCCUCUUCCGCUGAAGAAAGAUGAUAAUCAGCCUGUCAAGAUCAACGGGUUACCAAUGGAAUUUGUAAUUUCUGAAAAGGAAAUCGAAUUAAAGGAGGAAACUGGUGCUGAUCAUUCUGUUGACUCUCCAACUUCUGUCAAUUCAAGUUUAAACGAAAACUUUGGUGAUACUUUAACCAAUGAGCCAGAAGUAAGUUUCAGGGAAACAAUCGGUAUAAAUGACAGUAAAACCAAUGAUGUUCAAAAACAAAAUAGCCAAAUCAGGACUACUGUGCACUCACCAACCAUCAGUAGUGAAUUCAUUGAAACAUCUAAAACUGAAAUAAAAUCACCUGAAACAUUUGCAUCUUUAGACACCAAAUUGAAUUUUGUUGCUAAAAUUUCAAGCCCUGUGAUUUCUAAAAGUCAAGAAGUUAUUCUGAAAAAAGAGAUUGUGCAAGCAGAUGAACUUAGUACUGCUGAAAAUGACAAUGCCUCAAAUUCUGCAGAUAUGUCAGAGUGUCAGACAUUACUUUCUACCGAGACUGAAAGAGAUGAUGAAAAAAGUUGCCAAGAUUCUGUACCAAAAGAAAGUAAAUCACCUGAAUUAUCCAAUCUUGACUCAAAUCAUAGUUCCUCUGAACUCUCAAACGAUCCUACUUCAAUCACAGUUGUAAACCCUGUGGAUGAAGGUUGUUCAUUAACGAAAGACACAGCUGCUGAUGUCUCCAAAACUGUUCACAAAACGGAUAUUGUAAAUGAAACUGUUAAAAAUGAAGCUUCAGAAGCGGCUUCAUUUUCAUCUCCCAGACUUGAAUCUAAUGCUGUUAGUUCCUCAGAUACCAUAGCUAAUUCUUCUAGAAGUGUUAAUUUAGAUGACAAAGUUGAAACCAGUAGUUUGUUAGACAGCUUGAAUGGAACUGAUCCUAAGUUACUUGAUGUUAAAGAUGAAAGCACCGUUCAAACGACUUGUGCUUCUGCGACUCAAAAGCGCAAGGUGUCAUUAUCUGAAUACAGAAUGAGAAUGAAGGAGAACAAAUCAAAUUCUGACCCUGCUAAGAAGUGUGUUAAGUCUCCUGGAAUUUGUGCUACUGCCAUAUCUGAUGCUUUGCCAGAACAAAUCUCUUUAGCUCCUUUACCUUUGUUUGAUACAUCCAUUGGAGCCAAAAGCCCUAUGCAAACAAACAAAGCUCUAAAGAAGAAAAAAGAAACUGUAAAAUGUGAAGUGGAAGAAAAAGAUCAGAGAGAUGAAAUAGAGCAUAGAGAAAAUCUUACUGAACGUUUAAAGAGAGAAUUUGGUUUUGAUGAUGAAUCAGAAGGUUCUGUCCAAAGCUUAUGUUUAAAAUCCAAAUCUAAUGCAAUAACUACAUCUAAUGCCAGUGUCAUAUGUACUCAACAACCACCACCACCUCCUCCUCCUCCACCACCUCGUCAUCCGCGUCCUACUCAAGUUAUGAUGACGGGAGCUAAAUUGCCAUCUUCACAAUUCGGAUUUCCUGUUAUUCCUUCAUACCCCAGACUCCAAUACAUGGUUAACCAGAUGCCUGGUACUCCAUAUAUGCAAGCACAGCAGCCUCUAAUGACUCCAUUGUUGCAAGGCAUUCAUGCACUCAACCCAUCUGUAGCACAAUGUGGGGUGAGGCCAAGUAUUGUACCUUUUAAGCCAUCCAUUACUGGAUCAGUUUUGAGGCCCAUGACUCAAGAAUAUGCAGCAGUUAACGCACAAACUUUUACUACAUUGGUCCAGCAGCCUCCACCACCACCUCCUCAGGCUGUAUAUCCGCAUGUAUACCAGCCAGGUCUCUAUAAGUAAUUAUUGCAUUUCAUCGUGGAAAGAACAUUUGUGAACUCUUUUAAAAUUUUAUAAAAGUUUCAUGUACAUUUUUGGGAGAGAUAUAAGCGUCAUUAGAAUUUUAAUCCUCACUUUUCAAACAUUACAUAAUGUGUAUAUAAGACGUCACAAAAAAAAUAUAUUCACUGUAUAAAAGUUAUGAUACGUAUUAAAGUUUUUUCCCCCCACUAAUACUAAUCUUUUGUCUGUAGAAUUGUAAAAUGUUUUUUAAUUGAGUUGGCUGCCAAUUAAAAGCACUAUGUUUGUGCUGAGCUCAAUUAUAAAAUAUAAGGUGUGUAAGAUUUGUACAGUUGACUUCUCUUCUUUCAAUCUGUGUAAAUUUAGACAUUUAGUAUUCGUUGUUCUUUUUUUAUUUAGUGUAAAAUAUUUUUAAAAAUUAUAAGAAUGAAUUUUUGUACAUUAUUUUUAUCUUUUGAAGCAUCCUCAUAAUAUAACAUGUACAUAAUCUAACAUUGCACAUUGUAAAAUUUAACAUGUCUAUCAAUAAAAGUUCUAUUAUGUCAAUGUAUUCUGUCUAAAAAAAUUUCUGUCUUAGUGUAAGCUGUCAUAAGAUUGUUAUACCGUGGCCACCACGUAUAUGAAUCACAUUUGUUCUAACAGUUUUGAUUCCAUAA